GAAUUUACUAAUGUCAAACCAUUGAAUUGUCAAACGGUGCAAUGCAAAAUGUACAUAACGCGAAUUUGAAAAUAAUAUAUGUUUAGAUGUAUCAAAACUGGAUAAUACCAAAAAUAAAUAUGCAGAGUACUAUCAAAGAGCUCCUAGAUGCAUUAGGAUGCAACUUGGAAGCCGACUCCGUUUUUGAUUGCAUUCAGAAUGAUCCCAACUAUGGAAACUGUAACCUGUCCUCAAAACAGGUUAAUGAAUAUGCACAACGUUUGGCACUGAAGGCAUCGAAUGCGAAGGCUUUUUUGAAAAAGUAUGAAGAACUCAAAAACAGAAAUACCGACAAUCUGUCUGAUGUAAUAGUGCUAUUUUACAAAUUAGUUUGUGAUGAAAGAAAGGCUAAAAUACCAAAACCAAAAGUUGCACCAAAACCUAUUUUGGGUGACAACAAACAUCAAAUCACAAAAGAAGAUUUGCCGCAGAUAAAGGACAAAUUAUUGAAAGCUGUGGAUGAGAGUAAGAAACUUGUGAUGAAGUCCUUUGAAGAGAAGGAGUCCAGACUCCAACCAACCUGGUACAGCAGCUUGGAUUUACCCAACUGGCAAAAAGACCAUCCUGCCAUGUCAUGGGACUUCCCAAAAGACCCUGUGCCUAUAAUUUCAUCAUUAGCUGGUAUACCCAUUGCGUCUCAAGAAAAUAUCCUUAUAGAUGAGCUGUUAUACAUUUUCUAUGGUGUACCUGGAAAUUACAUAGUACACCAGCCAGUAAAAGAUACGUAUGAUGCACGUACUUUCCUCAUAUCAGAAGAUGUAGAUGACGCAUUAAAACAGAUUGUACAACAAAUGUUACCAUUGGCCUCUAAUUAUUCCAUAGUCAGGAGAUUUAUAGAACACUGCAAUAUGUGGUCUGGUCAAGUUUUACAUGCACUUGUCGCUGCAAUUGAAAUUUUACUGAAGGAUUACUAUACUAUGAUCGCGCAACUGGAGACGGAACAUAUGACGGGAAGUUUGUCAUUACAGAAAUUAUGGUAUUUUGUGCUACCCACAAUGCACACUAUGCAAGUUCUUGCCGCUAUAGUUACGAAAAUUGGAAAAAGUGAGCUCCGUGGUGGAGCAGUUCUGACAGUACUGCAUGACAAAACCAACACAUUAAUGGGCGACGCACGUGCACAGGAGAUAUCAUUGUUCUUAACAGAACGCGCUUGCCGGCCCUACCUCAACGUCCUGGAUCAGUGGAUACAUAAAGGAACCAUUGUCGAUCCAUUUCAGGAGUUUAUGAUAGAAGAUAACGAGCUAAUUAAUAAAGAAGAGCUGCCUGUAGAUUAUUCUGCUGAUUAUUGGGAGAAGAGAUAUUGUAUACAAAGCGACAGAGUACCGAAAUUUCUCGAUAAGUUCACUGACAUUAUUCUUCGAACUGGAAAAUAUUUGAACGUUAUCAGUCAGUGUGGAAAAUCAAUAAGCAAGACGAACACAGACGAAAUAAAAUACUCACUAAGAGAACAAAACUACGGUGCUAUAAUACAGAAGGCUUACGCUUUCGCAAGUAAAUCAUUGCUGGAGCUACUACUCAAAGAAUACGAUCUGAUGGGUCGAUUGAAGUCUGUCAAAAACUACUUCCUAAUGAGCCAGGGCGAUUUCAUUGUGCAAUUUAUGGAUGCGACCGAUCAGGAGUUAUCGAAGAAGAUAGACGACAUUAUACCCUCCAAGUUGGAGUCACUUCUUGGACUUUGUCUUAGGCUCUCCGCUGCCAGUCAUGAUCCAUAUAAUGAAGACAUGAGAGUUGAACUCCUUCCGUACGAUCUGCAGUUCCAAAUGUUCAAAAUCCUAUCCAUAGAAACAGAAGAGGAGGAAGAAUACAAACACAACAAAGAUUGUCCUCCGUUGACUGGCAUAGAGACAUUCUCGUUCGGCAUGGAGGUGAAGUGGCCGGUGUCCUUAGUGCUCAACCACAAGGCCAUCGCUUGCUAUCAGAUGAUAUUCAGACAUCUCUUCUAUUGUAAGCACGUCGAGAGACUACUUUGCAAGGUGUGGCUGUACAACAAGGUGGUGAAGCGGUUCUCGGAGGCCCGCCUGUACGCGGACGCGUUCGCUCUGCGCCAGCGGAUGCUGAGCUGCAUCCAGCACCUGCAGUACUACAUGUGCGUCGAGGUCAUCGAACCCUCCUGGUGCCAGCUCAUACAAAGUCUAGAUAAGGUGCACAACGUUGAUGAAGUGUUGGAGAGGCACAAUGACUUCCUCGAAUCCUGCCUCGGGGACUGCAUGCUCACUAAUCCUCAACUGUUGAAGGCUGUCACCACGCUCUGUCUCGUUUGCGUCCAGUUCUGCAGUUUCAUACAGGAGAUGCACAAGUACUUCGUGGACGCAGAGCUAAACAGUAUGCUUGGAUCGACAUAUGACAAUACAGAAUAUAGUGAGGAGGCAGGUUGCGGGACCACUACGAGCAGCUCGGCGGACUCAUUCUCUCGUUCUGUGUCGCGGUACGGGCUUCGAUUCACGGCGGCACUUCUCUCCGUGCUCGCUAUAAUCGAUCGUAAUGCACGCGACAACAACACGAACAAACUCCUCAACAUAUCCGCCAGAUUGAAUUUCAACACUUAUUACGCGAAGCAACUUGAAAAGUUUUGCUCUGAUGACAAACUUCUGGACUGUGAGAAGAAAACGCCGUCCUCCUAGCGCGGGCUUGCGCGUAAGCGCGCUAACCUCGUCACGUCAGUGUGAAACUCAAAUUCUCGUACUAAAACUACAUACAUAUUACUCAAGCGUACCACAAUGGUGCUAAAAAUACUAAACAUUUUGCAUCACAAUGGAGUAUUCUACAUAACAUUAAGGUAUUGUUCAACACAAUUGAUAUUUAAAGAUAUGAGAGUCGGUUUAGAAUAGAAAUUCGUUGCGUCAAUCACUUCGUUGAACUCUGAUUAAUGAAAUUAUUAAUGUCACUAUCGGAUAGUAUUUAAAUACUAGCAUAGUAUGCUAUAGAUACGUCACAAGUUAAUAUUAGUAAUGUCAAGUACAAAAUAACAAGUUUGAAACUAGUAUUAUAGUAAUAGUGCACCGAACUAAAUUAGCUGUAGUUGAAUAAAUGAAUCGCGAUCGAGAUGUUAGUUUUAGAUAGCGGAUUUUUUUAAAUAUCUAGACAAAAUCAAUGGUUUUAAAAUAGUUUAGUACAAGACAGUCGGUAGUUUUAGUGUAGUAAUUCUGCAAUGCCGGGCUUGGGCGGGUCCAAUCUCUCUUAACAGAAUAUCCAUAAAAUAUAAAAGUAAAUUUUUAUCGUUUUUUUUUAUAAUAAUUUUAUAGUAGCUUUACAUUGGAUAGAGUCGUUCGACUAAAAUCGAAUUUCGAGAAUGAAUUGGACUUUCUCAAUUAAUUCAAUAGGUUUGCCAUUUAAAUAUUGAUGUUAAAUUCAACAAUGAAGAGUCCUAUAUAACUCAAGUAUCUAGUUUUAAAUUUUUAAAUUUAAUUAAAGCGUAACGAUGAGUCUCUCGUUCCUUGCCAUAAAAUAGUUGAAGCUUAGCCAUGACUUUCGUUAGUAAAUAAGAUUAUUGGUAAAAAUAAAUUGUGUGUACUGUGAACAAAUUCCUCUGAUAUUAUCUUCGAAUGUUAACAUUUAUUGAACUAUACAGCUGUAAAUCGAUUUAUGUACUCGCGUGUUUGAGUUUGUCUCGUGUUCUGUAUAACACCGUAGAUACUGCGAAUUCCAUGACAAAUUAUAUCCAUUCCAAGUAGAUAGUAAAGGUUUGUUAGCUCGGGCUGUGGAAUGUUUGUGUAAUGUUUUAAAUUAUGAUGUUUUCGGGUGUAUUAGAACGUGUUUACUGUGUUAGCUAUUACAUAAUAAUUAGGUAUAUUGGUUAGUGAAUUUGGCGAAAGCAACGUAUGAUGUAUACAUGGCCUAACCAUUAUUAAAAUUCAAACUUCCGAUAUAAAGUUACUAAGGUACUGCUAUACAUAAUUAUUUUCAUGCCGUUGCAUUUGUCAUGUAACACAAUUUGAAAGUAAAAAAAAAUGUGUGCGUGUACUAGUGUACACACGUAAGAAGUGAAACAUUAAUGCUAUCCCUACUCCGUUGGAGAAAGUGAAAGUACUCUUCGUCUGAACCAACCGUGGUAGGGGCAAGAAAAAGAUGGCGCGUAACGGAAAAAUGUGACGCGUAACCGAAAAACGUGACGGUAAAUUUUUUUCCAACGCCGAUAAGGAAGUUUCACUUCAAAAAUAAAUAAAACAACCAUUACAUACUAAAAGUAUUUUUGUCAUUUUAUACUUCAUAAUAUUGUUAUGUCUUUUUCAAAUAUAUUGUAUUUACGUUUUUCCGGUAAAUUCGUAAAUAAAUAUGAUCUGUGCGUUCUUUACAGUUACUGAAUCAAUUCUGUGUGCUUAGUGCGAGUUUUUUAACGUUGUCGAUAGCGUAAAAGUUAACCCAAUUUUGUAUGCAAUUAGAACAGCGCCCCUAGCGGCAAACGUAGGCAAACGAUUCCAUUCCAUACAAAUAUGAGCUAACUUUUACGCUAUCGAGAACAUUAAAAAACUCGCACUAAGCACACUGAUGUAAUUUUGUGUGGCGCAUUGAGUGUUUGAGAAUGAUAAGUUUGAUCCAGUAUUCGAUGUGUUAUUUUCUCUAAAUAAUUUGACAGAUAAUUUAUGGUCACUGGAAUACGUCCGAUGAGAGAUGCGAAUUAAAAUCGCCUAUAAUCGAAAUUUACUUGUCAUUUGAUUGAAUCAACAAAUUAUGCCUUUCCUUUUCCCUACCUAUUUGCUGGUAGCCUAAGAGGCUAUUCGAGUUUCUCGCGGCGGGGAAUUAUGCCAUACGUAACGUAACGUAUCAACACCAUUUCUUAAUUAUCGACAAUUAAAAUGUCACUUUACCCACUAUGAACCAUUCGUGGUCCUCUGAAAAUCGGUUUAAUAAAUUUAUCAUUACAUAAAAAAUUAUUAUUCAAAAUUGUUUUCAUUAUAAAUCGCACGCCUACACUCGCUACCUACGUCAUAUAUCAUUAUUGAAAAAAUAAGUUGUGGUAACUUUGUCCUACAAACUUACCUACACCGUACCAUUUGCACUAUACUGUCUUAUAAAUAUUUUUGGUAAUCAAAAUCUGGUGAUGUAUUCUUAUUUAAUAUAAAUUAUUUGAACUGUGAAAUAUUAAAAGUUUUAUCUCAGAAAUGUGUUGAUUGUUUUGUCGAAAAAUGCCAAUAACCGUGUGCCAUUGUUUGUUACAUUGUUAUACGAGAUUAAUUUGAAUGUACUUCAAUUUUAACUUCCAUGAUUGUUUUACCAAUAUUAUGAACUUUGUUGAGGUUUCUAUGUUGAUUUAGUAAUACCAAACUGCUUCAGUUGUUCUGCCUUUUCUCUAAGUUCGUUAAUGUCAUUUGACGUUAAACACAUGACAAUUUAAAUCUCGAUCUGUGUAAAUAUUAUCAUUAAUAUUUUUAAAUAAAAUAUACAUACUA